UCCCCUUCCGCUGCUGUUGUUCAUCACGGACGGCUCCGCUAGCAGCGGUGUGUGGUGCAGCGAGAGAGGCGGUCGCGCAAAGGUAGGAAAUCGGCCUCUGCUUUUGUCUGUCGUGCUUUCUGCGGGUACGACGCCGGUGCAGGAGCAGCAGCACGUGACGGAGCAACAGCGAGCAAGCGACAUAGAGUGCAACGGCAACGGCAGCAGCUGCAGCAGCCAGCAGUAGCAGCCCUUAUUACGCAGCAGGGCGAGAGGCUUGGAAGCGGGGGAGCUGGGCGAGUGGAGUCCCGCCAAACGACUUGCCUGCGCAACGACCGCAAGGCGCGUGUGCGAUCGCACACCUGACCAGCAGCUGCCCCUUGGUCGGAGAGUUCAUCGACAUCGAGAGCUGUGCACAGCAAAAAAAGCAGGAGCGGCAAACGGAUCAGAGGCAUGGCCAAAGCCGGAUACGUUCCGUUCGAUACGGACCGGCUUGAGAUCUUCGCGAACAAGCGGGGGGUAAACGGGAUGGGGAGCUUCGACCAGCACUCCGGCGGUGGCGGUGUUGUGGACGACGCCUGGAGAGGAGGGGGAGGAGGAGGAGGAGGGGGCCAGGACCAGCAGCAGCAGCAGCAGCGCUCUCCUGGAAGUGGAGUGCCCGUUGCACCGACUGGGCUGGAUUGGCCUGGUGGCUACGGUAGCGAGAUCGGCGAUCCUGCUGGCACUGCUGCCACCGCAGCAGACAUGUCCUGGGCUAGGCAACAGCACCAGGAGGCGGGGGGAGCGGUGCACCCUCAGGAUCUUCGACAGCUCUAG